UCCCUUUUAUCUUGUUUCUUUCGACCCACCUAACUAUAAUCAACAAACGACCCUUUAAAAGAAGAAGAAAAAAAACAAGAACAAAUGAGCUAAGUCUUCUUCAUUUCCCAAGAGAUACAGGAUUGAAUAGUUAAUGACUGAUGAAAAAGUGAAUGUUUUGGAGGGACUAAUUUGGAUGUCUUAAAAAGGAUGCCUUUUUAGAAAUGAUUUGCAUUGAGAAUGAAUUAUUGGGUUGGAAUGAUUUCCCAAAGGGGCUUAAAGUCCUACUUCUUGAUGAAGACAGCAACUCUGCUGCUGAGAUGAAAUCAAGGCUUGAGAAAAUGGACUACAUAGUCUACUCGUUCUGCAAUGAGAGCGAAGCUUUGACUGCAAUCUUGAGCAAAUCCGAGGGCUUUCAUGUUGCCAUUGUGGAGGUAAGUGCAGGCAACAGUGAUGGGGUUCUCCGAUUUCUUGAAAGUGCCAAAGACCUACCUACUAUAAUGACAUCAAAUAUUCAUUCUCUUAGUACAAUGAUGAAGUGUAUUGCGCUAGGUGCAGUUGAGUUCCUUCAGAAACCAUUGUCAGAUGAUAAACUCAAAAAUAUAUGGCAGCAUGUAGUUCACAAGGCAUUCAAUGCUAGAAAGGAUGUGUCCAAAUCACUUGAGCCGGUAAAAGAAUCUCUCCUCUCAAUGCUGCAGUUACAACCAGCAAAGAGUGAAGCCGAUGACAAAAGUUCAAAUGGAACAGAACCUCUCACUGCAGUAGCAGAAAGCAAUACCGAACAGUCAUCGGGAUGUGAUAAAUACCCUGCUCCCUCAACCCCACAAUUGAAACAAGGAGUGCGGUCAGUCGAUGAUGGUGACUGCCAUGAUCAUACUAUCUUCUCAACUGACCAAGACAGUGGGGAACAUGAUGGUGACACUAAAUCCGUCGAAACUACUUAUAACAAUUCACUUGCUGAGAAUAAUGUCCAAACAAGUCCUACUAUGCAACAAGGAGAGAUUAUUUUGAAAGAGGAUAAUGUUUCAUCUCCUGAUCAAAAGACGGAGACAGAUAUUGCUACCUCUUCACAAAGUAAUGACUGCCCUGACAAAAGCAUUAGUCAUUUUGCUGAACCUAGUAAAGCAUCUGGUCCCCAUAGUUCAAAUGGGACUAAAUCCAAUAAGAAGAAGAUGAAGGUAGAUUGGACACCUGAACUACACAAGAAGUUUGUUCAAGCAGUAGAGCAACUCGGUAUAGAUCAAGCCAUUCCUUCUCGAAUACUGGACCUGAUGAAAGUAGAGGGCUUAACAAGACAUAACGUAGCUAGCCAUCUCCAGAAAUACAGAAUGCAUCGAAGGCAAAUUUUGCCAAAGGAAGUAGAAAGAAGAUGGCCUCAUCCGCAACCUAUAGAUUCAGUACAAAGAAGUUACUAUCCUCAUAAACCUAUCAUGACAUUGCCACCAUAUCAUUCUAAUCAUGUUGCCCCGGGUGGUCAAUUUUAUCCUGCUUGGGUACCACCAGCAAGCUAUCCGAACGGUUUACAAGUGUGGGGUUCACCUUACUAUCCGGGAUGGAAGCCUGCAGAGACUUGGCACUGGACACCUCGUCCAGAGCUGCAUGCUGAUACAUGGGGCUCCCCUGUCAUGUCACCGCAGUUUGGAUCAUAUCCAUCAUAUCCUCAGAAUGCUGGAGUGUAUCGGCCCCACGGAAUGCAUAACAGAUAUAGCAUGCUAGAGAAGUCGUUUGAUCUUCACCCGGCGGAUGAGGUGAUUGAUAAAGUAAUAAAGGAGGCAAUAACCAAACCAUGGUUACCACUUCCUUUGGGCCUAAAACCUCCUUCCACGGAGGGCGUUCUUGACGAACUUUCUAGACGAGGGAUCUCAAUCAUCCCUUCACAAAUCAACGGCUCCCGUUAUCGAAGAUGAGAUGAAAAGUCAAUCUAUUUUUUUCUAGGUCCCACAGGUGGUGUAUGUCAAAAAAUAAUAAUCUCCAAUUACUUGAUGGACCCAUGCACCAUGACAUAACCCAACCCGACCCGAGGGGGUUCUGAUGUCUCAAGAAUGAAUAAAUGAUUGGCACAGAGUUUGCCACAUGUAUGGCAUUGACUCGAAGAUCAAAAUCGGGUUGUUGUAAAUAAUGGAUCCAAAUAUGGGUUUUCCCCUUUUUUUUCUAGCCCAAAUUUGGAUGUUUGGGCUGAUGAGUGUGCUCCAUUGAUUUCUUUGGAAAAUAAUGAAUAAACCAUCCUUAGUUUAUGGGUUAUAAAUUCAAAUUCUUUUUGUUUAUCGAGUUUU